AUGAUUAUCUACACUGAUGCCCUCACCGGUGACGAGCUGGUCGCCGAUACCUUCGAUCUGAAGCCCAACCCCCUCCACCCUAUUCUCUGGGAGUGCGAUUGCCGCAAGUACAGCAAGCGCGUCGGUGGCGAGGAUAUCCAGCUUGAGGGUGCCAACCCCUCCGCUGAGGAGGCUGAGGAGGACAGCGGCGAGCACGAGAUGAAGAUGGUCCACGACAUCGAGGACCAGUUCCGUCUCCAGUGGUUGCAGGACAGCCCUCCUUCCAAGGACCUCUUCAAGAACAACCUCAAGAACUACCUCAAGAGAAUCAACAAGGAGGUCCUCCCGAACCUGCCCGAGAAGGAGCAGAAUGAGUUCAAGGAUGGUGCUGCCAAGGCCAUGAAGUACCUCGUCGACAUGCACGGAGAUCUCGACUUCAUGGUCGGUGAGGGUCCCGAGGCCCACUCUGGACAAUACGUCCUGAUCAACUUCCGCGAGGAUGGUGUCACCCCCUACGCCAUUGUCUGGAAGCACGGUCUCAAGGAGACCAAGGUUUAA